GCUGCAGCGCUUCUUCGAAGGCCACGACAUCAACGGCGCUCUGGAGCCAUCCAACAUCGACACCAGCAUCCUGGAGGAGUACAUUGGCAAGGAGGACGCGUCUGACCUCUGCUUCCCUGACAUCUCCGCUCCCGUCAGCUCGACCUCCUACCCGCACUCGCAGCCUGCCGCCCCCGGCUCCAGUGGGGGACCCUCCCCAGGGCGCCACGGCCCCCUCCCGCCCCCGGGCUACGGCGCCCCACUCAACUGUAACAACAACAAUGGCCUGGGUGCUGCCCCCAAGCCCUUCCUGGGGGGCUCUGGGCCGCCCAUCAAGGCUGAGCCCAAGGCGCCCUACGCCCCAGGCAUGCUGCCCGACUCACCCCCCGACUCGGGCUCCGAGGCCUACUCCCCCCAGCAGGUGAACGACCCCCGGCUCCUGCGCACCAUCACCCCGGAGAGCCUGUGCCACGCGGGGGUGCCCUCCCGCCUGGAGCACCCACCCCCGCCCCACUACCCAGUCCUGCAGCGGGACCUGUACCUGAAGCCUGAGCCACCCCUCCCACCCUAUGCCGCCAUGGGCCAGGGGCUGGUGCCCGGCGAGCUGCACCACACCCAGCAGCCACAGAUGCUGCACCAGCUGCUGCAACAUGGAGCUGAACUGCCCACACACCCCUCCAAGAAGAGGAAGCACUCUGAGUCGCCCCCCAACACCCUCAACGCACAGAUGCUGAAUGGCAUGAUCAAGCAGGAGCCGGGGACCGUGGCCGCGCUGCCCCCGCACCCAGCCAGAGCCCCGUCCCCGUCCUGGCCCCCGCAGGGCCCCCUGUCCCCGGGCCCCAGCUCCCUGCCCCUCAGCAUCGCCCGGGCGCAGACCCCACCUUGGCACCCGCCCGGGGCGCCCUCCCCAGGUCUCCUACAGGACAGCGACAGCCUCAGUGGCUCCUACCUGGACCCCAACUACCAGUCCAUCAAGUGGCAGCCCCAUCAGCAGAACAAGUGGGCCACUCUGUACGAUGCCAACUACAAGGAGCUGCCUAUGCUCACCUACCGCGUGGACGCUGACAAGGGCUUCAACUUCUCCGUGGGUGACGAUGCCUUUGUGUGCCAGAAGAAGAACCACUUCCAGGUCACGGUGUACAUCGGCAUGCUGGGCGAGCCCAAGUUCGUGAAGACGCCUGAGGGCCUCAAGCCGCUGGACUGCUUCUACCUGAAGCUGCACGGAGUGAAGCUGGAGGCCCUGAACCAGUCCAUCAACAUCGAGCAGUCGCAGUCGGACCGCAGCAAGCGGCCCUUCAACCCCGUCACGGUCAAUCUGCCGCCCGAGCAGGUCACGAAGGUGACUGUGGGGCGCCUGCACUUCAGCGAGACGACGGCCAACAACAUGCGCAAGAAGGGCAAGCCCAACCCAGACCAGAGGUACUUCAUGCUGGUGGUGGCGCUCCAGGCCCAUGCCCAGAACCAGAACUACACGCUGGCCGCGCAGAUCUCGGAGCGCAUCAUCGUGCGGGCUUCCAACCCAGGCCAGUUUGAGAGCGACAGCGAUGUGCUCUGGCAGAGGGCGCAGGUGCCCGACACCGUCUUCCACCAUGGCCGCGUGGGCAUCAACACCGACCGGCCGGAUGAAGCACUGGUGGUGCACGGCAACGUCAAAGUCAUGGGCUCGCUGCUGCACCCCUCAGACCUGCGUGCCAAGGAGCUCGUACAGGAGGUGGACACCACGGAGCAGCUGAAGCGGAUCUCGCGCAUGCGGCUGGUGCACUACCGCUACAAGCCUGAGUUCGCCGCCAGCGCAGGCAUUGAGGCCACGGCACCCGAGACUGGUGUCAUCGCCCAGGAGGUGAAGGAGAUCCUGCCCGAGGCUGUGAGGGACACCGGGGACGUGGUCUUUGCCAAUGGGAAGACCGUGGAGAACUUCCUAGUGGUGAACAAGGAGCGCAUCUUCAUGGAGAACGUGGGCGCGGUGAAGGAGCUGUGCAAGCUCACGGACAACCUGGAGACGCGCAUCGACGAGCUGGAGCGCUGGAGCCACAAGCUGGCCAAGCUGCGGCGCCUGGACAGCCUCAAGUCCACCGGCAGCUCGGGCGCCUUCAGCCACAGUGGUAGCCAGUUCAGCCGGGCAGGCAGCGUCCCCCACAAGAAGAGGCCCCCGAAGAUGCCCAGCAAGUCAUCCUCAGUGGUCCCUGACCAGGCCUGUGUGGGCCAGCGCUUCCUGCAGGGAACCAUCAUCGCCCUGGUGGUGGUCAUGGCCUUCAGCGUGGUGUCCAUGUCCACACUGUACGUGCUGAGCCUGCGUGCUGAGGAGGACCUGGUGGACACUGACGGCUCUCUUGCUGUGUCCACGUCCUGUCUGCUGGCCCUGCUCCGGCCCCAACGCGGUGGGGGGAGUGUGGCCAUGUGCCCAUGUAGGUCCAGCCAAAGCUCUGGGACCACGCAGCUCCGCCAGGCUCCCAUGACCACCGGGCUGCCGGGCCUGUGGCCCUCUCUGUUGCCGGAGACCCCCAGCCCCAUGGCCCCAGGUCCAGCCGUCCGCGCCUUAGACCUGUGCCCCAGCCAGCCCUGCCCGGUUGUCUGCUGUGCUGCCAGCCCCAGCCCUGCCCCGGUCUCUCGUCCCAGCCCCAGCUUGGCCACCAACCGCUCAGGCCCCAGCCAGGCAGCCUCGCUACCCGUCACCAACAUCAGAGCCAAGUCCUGGGGCCUCUCAGCCAAUGGCAUCAGCCACGUCAAGCACCCGAAGGCCAUGGAGCCAGCGGCCAGCCCUGCGGUGCCCUUUCCUGGAGGACUGGGCAAGGCCAAGAACAGCCCCGGUCUCGGGCUCCGAGGCCGGGCCCGCCGAGGGCUCCCCGCACCCAGCCCCCCUGCGGCCCGGGGCCAGCCAGGGCCCUCCCUGACCUCCAUCCAGGUGCUGGAGAGCGCGAUGCCUGUCACCACCCAGUACUGUGCCCCCAAGGAUGCCUGCAGGCCCGGAAACUUCACCUACCGCAUCCCAGUGAGCGGCCGCACCCCACUGCACCUCAGCCUGACCCUGCAGAUGAACUCCUCCACGCCUGUGUCCGUGGUGCUGUGCAGCCUGACGUCGGUGGAGGAGCCCUGUGAGGAGGGGGGCGUCUCGCAGAUUCCCCGUUCACCCCAGGACACCCAGGGCACCGCCCACCAGUGGCCGGUCACCAUCCUGUCUGCCCGUGAAUUCACCUACCACUUCCGUGUGGCACUGCUGGGCCAGGCCAACUGCAGCGCGGAGGCCCCACUGGCCACAGACUACUACUUCCACUUCUACCGCCUGUGUCCCUGAGCGGCGAGGCGGCUACACCGGGGCCCUGGGCACGGCCCUCCUCACUGGAUGCAGUGUUACACUGGAGCCGGCAGUCACACUUGGUAGCUGUCACAGCCCUGCAGGGACAGGUUGGGGAGACCAAAGUCUUCACAGUGGCGCGGCCUCCCUGCUCGCUACCUCGGGACAGGGCAGGGCCAACUCAACCACGGUGGCCUCUGAGCUGCGCUGCCCUCCAUGGAGAGAAGUCCCGCUGGGGCCUGACAGCGCCUGCCCCAAGGAGUCCUUGGGGACACCGUGGAGGGGUGACUAUUAUGCUGGACCUGGACCCUACGCCUUAAGCGCCUGUGCCUUAUGUCUACCUGGUGCCUGAUGAAGCCAACCCAGCCCUCUACAGCUCAGCCAGGGCCCAGGAAGCCUGGGCGUCCUGCAAGGGGCUCAGUGGUGCUGCCGACCUCAUCCUUCGGAGCAGAGGAGCGGGCAUCCCUGCCAGCAGCAGUGGCCUGGGGGGCGCACCGUCACGCUGCAGUUACUGACAGGCAACCAACAGAACUUAAGCCGGCAGGGCAGGGGCAGGGCUGGGCAGCCCUGGGGUGACCCCUGUGGAGACACAGGC